AUGUCUACGCAGUCGCGAUCACAAGUCGUACAGUCUAAACCGAUAGGUGAAGAGUUAAAUGGCUUUUGGAAGACUUUCAAGUCGAUAUGCAAAAAUAUAGGCAUUCCCACUUCUUCGCAAGCACUUAAACAGGUAGGCUACGAAGUCAGCUCGGAUAACUUUGACGUCGAACGAAUACGACCUCUGCUCGAUGCGGUCCUCGAAUUUCAGCCCGACGAAGUCGUCUUGGAUAGAGUACACGACACCGUCACUGAGUCAACGCCUCUACUCCACCCUGCAUCGUCCUUUCACCAAACACCCCUUUUCAUCAACACGGUCAGUUUCGCGAACUCCACCGAGUACCGCAAACACGUAGACAAUGUGCUGAAGGGGGCGUUAGAAGACAUAUACGUUGGCAUACCCGGUUUCGUCGAAGCAUUCUUCGGAGAUUUACCAGAUCUAAGACCGAUGGCACAAGCUGUUUUUGACGAGUGCAAGGAGGGAGAUAAACCACUCUUCCAGGUAGAGAGCGAUUGGCAGAGCUGGCUUGAGGCGGCGAAGGAAAAUGACGUUUUGAGCUGGUUUGCCCCACUUACAGAGCGGUUGUUGGGCCUUGCAGAUGGGUCACAGCCGCAUCAGCCUCUACAAGGCUCCACUGCCGAUCGCAAGUUGGACAUUGGCUUUGUGGACGAUCCGAACGCCGGCAUGAACUCGAAAUGUCAAUGGUCACAUAUCCUUGUACCCGGACAGCUCAAGAGCAACCCAUCAGCCGACAAAGCGUCCAAGGCGUGA